UCCAGGAAAAGGCUAGGCGGGAAAAAAAGUUCUCCUUGGGCUGGGUUUUUUUUAUGUGUGCAGGAGGGUGGAAGGAAUAUUCAGAUUUUAUAAAUAGAUUAAAUGAAUGUAAUGAAAUGGCAGCUCCUUGCAAGGGACAGCUGAAAUAGGAACCGGGUUUUCACAAGACUCUGACAUAAUACCUAAAAGUGUCAUUAUGCAUUAAAAGUUCACAGAGAUCAACAUAAUUUAUUCUAUCAUUUGAAAGAGCAGUUGAUGAUAUAAGUUGAUUUUAUAUAUAUAUAUAGAAAAAAACAUAUCUUUUGACCACAAAGGAAAUCCCCUCCUUAGUCACACCUCUGCUAUAUAAGGGUUUUCUUCCCCUGCAGCUGAAUCCACUAUCUCCACCAGACGGCGGAAGAUGAAUUCAGCCCCAGGUCUCCGGUUCCAGGUCCAAGGGCUCCUCCUAGUCCUGCUUUGCGGCUGCAUCUACCUCCAAGGGACAGAUGCCAAAUGGCGCCCAUCUAUCAACUCCACCUGGGAAAUCCGCCCCUCCUUUGGGCAAAACUUCAGUGUCCCGUGCCAGGGCUCCUCAGCGUUUCGAACCUGCAGCAUAUACUGGCUGGCUAACGGCUCCUUCGUGGAAGAGUUGUACCCAGAUGGCGCAGUGAGAGAGGAGGAAGCCAGAGAAAUAAGCCACGGGCCCGGCCGCCACCACCUCCUGUCCCGGGAGCUGGUCUUUCACGCCUUCUCCAAGCGGGACCUGCGCACCACCUUCAGGUGUGUCAUUCUGGACCCAGCCGGGGCUGCUCAGAAGACCCUCACCUUGCAGGUGGGGCCCAGGAGAGCAGGUGGGGCCCAGGAGGUGGGGCCCAGGAGCGGAGAGAGUGGCAGCGGAAUACCUGAGGAGCCUUGAGGCGGAGCUGCAGGGCUGCCCAGGGACCGGCUUGAUGGCUCACGUAGCUCCACCAUCGGAGACACUCAAGCGACGAGGAAGAGGCUCGGUCGUUGCUGUGAGCUGCCAGUCAGCCUAGUUUGCUUCCAGGCGUUCCGGCAAAGGAUCUCCCACCGACACACACCCCUUUCCCAGCCAUUUGGGCCCCCUCCUCCCCAAAACCGCAGCCACCAUUUACACUGCUCGUAAGACAGAGAACAGACAGAGUGUCGAAGGCUUUCACGUCCGGAAUCACGAGGGUGUUGUGGGUUUUCUGGGUUGUGUAACCAUGCUCCGGUAGCACAGGAGCACAGCCAUACAACCCGGAAAACCCACCACACCCUACAGACUGAUCAUGUGUGGUAAAAGCGGCAGGCGUUUCAAGGCCACUCGCAGCCCCGAACUCCACGCUGGAUUGUUUUGAAAUAAAACCUAUUUACCAUCUCCGAUUUGAACGCGUGGGAAAACGUUGCUGGCUGUUGUGUCCUCUACACUGGGAGCUUAUUCAGAAAAUGUAUCUGUGCUGCCUUUGAAGGAACCAGAAAAAAAUAAAAUUAUUCCAGAAUGUCAAAUAUAAAA